AAGAAGUGUACCUUGUGAAAUGAAAAAUGAGAACUUUUCAAACAUCGGCGAACACAGGGAAUCACGGAGGCUUUUUUGGGUAAGCCGGAUAUCACGCAGUCUUAAAACGUGAUCAUCAGCUAUCUACAGACGUGUGGUCAAGCGAUGAGCUAACAUUCCUCAUAGCAAAAGUAACAAACAAGUUGAUGUGCAAAUUGCUUCGCAUGUAGUAUGUUUGUUUGUGAGAAAACUGCUCUAUGGUUUCCUAAGUAUACUUGUUUGAGAGAAAACUGCCCCUUUGUUUCCUUGACCAGCUGCCAUAAGUCAUGGAUUCUGGAAAACUGUUAAUGAAAAAACUGCUCCUUUGUUUCCUCUUUUGGUUCUCUGUUUCAAUUGACACCAUAACACCAAUCCACUCGGUUAAAGAAGGCAAUAUCAUCGUCUCCGGUGGGAACGUUUUCGCUCUUGGAUUCUUCAGGCCUGGCAGUUCAAGAAACCGUUAUAUCGGCAUCUGGUACAACCAAGUUCCAGAACAGACAGUCGUAUGGGUUGCAAACAGAGACAAUCCUCUCAGUGACUCAUCCGGGAUUUUGUCAAUCGACAAUCAAGGAAACCUCGUUCUUCACCAAGGCAAUCAAACACUACUCCCUCUCUGGUCGACCAAUGUCUCCAUCAGUGCAGGCUUCAAGAAUAGCGUAGCACAACUGUUGGAUUCUGGGAAUCUUGUUCUGUUUCAGAAUGAUACUAAAAGGACUCUGCUGUGGCAGAGUUUUGAUUAUCCAUCCAACACACAGCUUCCGUAUAUGAAACUGGGGUUGGACCUGAGAACCGGCCUUAAUCGGUUCCUGACAUCAUGGAAGUCUCAAGAUGACCCUGGAAUUGGCGACUACUCCUUUAGGAUGGACCCAAAAGGUUUCCCUCAGUUGUCCUUGUACAGCGGAUCCGCGCGUUGGUGGCGCGCUGGGACGUGGACAGGGCGAAAAUGGAGUGGAGUACCCCAAAUGGAUCAGAGUUAUGUCAUCAUGAACGCUACCUUCAUCAACAAUGAGGAUGAAGUAUCCAUUAUGUGGGGUGUCACCGGUGCCUCCAUCUUCACCAGGAUGCUCGUGAAUGAAUCUGGAGUUCAAAGGUUUACAUGGGAUGCACAAGACAAUCGUUGGAUCGGGUUCUGGUCGGUUCCAAAGGAAGAGUGUGAUUUUUACAAGCAUUGCGGGCCAAAUUCUAAUUGUAACCCAUACCCUGCUAACAAGUUCGAAUGCACAUGUUUACCAGGGUACGAACCCAGGUCGCCUCAGCAAUGGUACCUAAGAGAGUCAUCAGGUGGAUGCAUAAAGAAGCGUGAUAACAUAUCCAUGUGUCAUAGUGGAGAGGGAUUUGUGAAGGUACCACGUGUGAAGAUACCAGAUACAUCGGUGGCACGCGCCGACCUGAACUUGGGGUUGAAACAGUGUGAAGAAAUGUGCUUGGGUAAUUGUUCUUGCAUGGCUUAUGCAAACGCAUAUUAUCAGAAGGAUGGAGGGACUGGUUGCUUGAUGUGGCAUGGUGAUUUGGUGGAUACCAGGACCUAUAUUGAUGAUGGACAAGAUUUGUACGUAAGGGUUGAUGCAGUUGAGCUAGCCCAAUAUGCUAAAAGGAAGGGUCCACUUGACAAGAAUGGAAUAUUGGCAAUUCUGAUAGUUUCAAUGGCUGCAAUUCUUUUCUUGGUCGUGGUCACAUGCUAUUUGGUAAGGAGGAAAAUAAAAGGGACAAGAAGACAAAAGAAUGAUGGGUCGAGUUCAUUGUUCUUGAAGGACUCUUUCAAAACAAAUGAUUUUGAUGAAAAUAGCAGUGCUGAUUUGCCAUUCUUUGAUUUACGCACCAUUGCUGCAGCUACAAAUAACUUCUCUCCUGAGAAUAAACUUGGAGAAGGUGGCUUUGGCCCUGUUUAUAAGGGUGUACUAUUAAGUGGAAAAGAAAUAGCAAUCAAGAGAUUAUCGAGGUACUCGGGGCAAGGAAUUGAAGAAUUUAAGAAUGAAAUUACGUUAAUUGCUAAACUUCAACACCGGAAUCUUGUAAGAAUCAUAGGUUGCUGCAUUGAAGAUGAAGAGAAGAUGUUAAUUUAUGAGUAUCUGCCAAACAAAAGCUUGGACUCUUUUAUUUUUGUUGAAACAAAAAAAUCAUUGCUAGAUUGGAGAAAGCGGUUUGAAAUUAUAUGUGGGAUUGCUCGAGGAAUCUUGUAUCUUCAUCAUGACUCAAGGUUGAGAAUUAUUCAUAGAGAUCUCAAGGCUAGCAAUGUUUUACUAGAUGCUUCAAUGAAUCCCAAAAUUUCUGAUUUUGGGAUGGUUAGAAUUUUCGGAGGUGAUCAAAUUGAAGGAAAUACUAAGCGCGUAGUUGGAACAUAUGGUUACAUGUCUCCAGAGUAUGCUAUGGAAGGUCUAUUUUCAAUCAAGUCUGAUGUAUAUAGUUUUGGAGUUCUACUAUUAGAAAUUAUCAGCGGCAGAAAAAUCAGUAGCCACUAUGUUGAUCAAAGCUCAACUUUAAAUUUGAUAGAACAUGUUUGGAACUUGUGGAAAGAAGGUAGGGCAAUGGAGAUAGUGGAUUCAUCCCUAGGGGAAUACUCAUCGUCUCUGGCGGAUGAAUUUUUGAGGUGCAUCCAGAUUGGGUUGCUGUGUGUGCAAGAAUCCGCAGCGGACCGGCCGACAAUGUCUACCGUUGUGUCCGCGUUGGGCAAUGAUAAAGCGGUCCUUCCUCCUCCAAACCAGCCUGCAUUUGUGGUGAAGAAGGCACACAAUGUUGAUGCAAGCGGGGGCACUGGCUCCAAUAAUGAGGUGACUCUUACUCUGGUUCAACCUCGUUAGAGGUUCUUAAUAAAAAAAGUACGUACCACAAAUAUUUUUGUUUAUAUAUACCUGACAUAAUAUAUAUCAAUUUCAACUACUAAAAUUUUUAGGAGCUUUACAAUUCAAACAAUAUAUUAAUUUCGGAUGCUUAGCUCAGGUUGUAGAAAUUAGCAUAUUUCUACAAUUCUACUUGUAUAUUCAAUUUACGGCCAUGUACUUUUAUCUAUUUAUCUUUUUUUUGGAGGUACUUGUGUAUUUAUUGGUUUGUAAACGUGAGCAAGACAUGUAAUUGUAGUUUAAUUUUGAGUUCUUAAAUAUCAAGUAACUAUGUUUAUUAAUUGUAAUGAAAAUGUAACAUUAGG